AUGUCGUCCUCCGCAAACAUCAAGCCGGUCGCCGCCGAGGUAGCUCACGCCGAAAAGACUUCCCCGGUAUCCGUUGUCCUCGAGCAAGCUGCUGGAUCCGAAGAAGCUUCCGAAGGAAAGGUCGAUUCUUCUAUCAACCAUCGUCCGGACGAGAUCGUAGAGCAGUCGGCAGAGAAAAUCACCGAAGAGCCUGUCGACAUCGCCGCCGGAAAGGCUACCGACCAAGCUGUCGCGCAGACCGGAGAGGCUAAUGCUUCUGUCGUUGAAGGCCUGAUCAAGGAGGAAUCACCGGAUGAGGAUGAAGGCUUGAUCAAAAACACCGUUGAUUUCUUCAGUCUGGGUGUGAAGGAUGAAUCAGGGGAUUUCCUUUCAGCACCCAACGAACCGACCUUUGGCCAAGCAGUUGCGAAGGCGGUCGAGAAAAUUAUGGAACAUACCAUCGACAGGAUCCUUCGGCUGGUGUUGGAUAGGAUCAUGCAGGAAAUUAACGCGACGUCUCUUGACGGGGAUGACGAGACCAACGGCGAGGCUGGGGCUUCUGCUAAUGAGGAUGGCCCCGACAAGCUCAUCGUUGAGUUUCCCUUCCGUCUGAUUAAGAAGGAAGUGUAUAUCCUGUCCGUCACCAACAACCAGGCUAUCGCGAAGAACGCCGAGCGGAUCGUUAUAAAGAUCAUCGACAAAAUUGUCCAGAAGAUUAAAGAGCAGACUUUUGAGGAGGCUGAGGCUGGCGAGCAGGCUGCGGCUUUCGAGGAGGCUGCGGCUGUGGCCACCGACGAGAUCAAUGCUUGUGUCAACGAUGUCGUGGAGGAGAUGAUUGCUGGCUCCUCCGAUCUCCUUUCCGAAGAUGAACCGAGCAACGUCCCUUCCGCGACUGCUGAGGACAUCGAUAACCAGAUGGCCGAGCCGACCACGGUGCAGCCGACUGGCGACGCUUCUGCCGACGAGAUCGCCGUUGAUCCCAGCGAAAACCGUCUUCCACGCGAUGCGUCGUUCCAGCAUCUCCUUGAAGAUCCCGUCCAGCAGGUGGCCGUGGUGCACCUCCUUGAAGACCCUAGCCAGCUGGUGGCCGCCAAGCACUUCGUCGAGCUGACCGACGAGCAGAACAACACGACCAGGCACAUCACGAUGGACGAUUUGCUCUCCAUUCUCGACUUGGACAGCGUGCGGAUCGACCCUGCGUUCGCCAAAAAGUGUUACACGGGCUUCAUCUUGUCCGAGAUCGCUAAAACAAAGGCCACCGAAGAGCUGAAAGUUGCGCUCCGUAAAAACAGAGUCUUGGAAGAACAGCUGGACGGCUUCCGAAACAUCAACGCGAAGAUGGUAGCGAGAAUGCUUGACGAUGUCAAGCAGAAGAGAGAUAUGGCAAAGACUAUGGAACGACAGCUACAAGAGGUUCAAGUUUUGCGCCAGGCUACUAAAAGUGGCUGCGACCUGCCGAAAUGA